GCCAAACUCCAGCAGGAAAGCAACCAAGAACUCCCACUCCCAAAAUGCUGAAGAUCACAAUCUGUUUGUUGGCCCUGGCCGCUGGAGCGUGGGGCGCCAGCAUUGGUAGCACCACCACCGAGAAGCGCGAGAUUGUGCCACUGCUGCGCUUCGAGACUGAGAAGAACCCUGACGGCUCCUUCCACUUCGAGUACGAGGGCGGCGAUCAGUCGUACCGCCAGGAGCAGGGGCAGCUCCAGAAUGCCGGCACCGAAGAUGAGGCUUUGGAGGUCUCUGGCUCUUAUCGCUACAUUGAUGCCGACGGCAACACGGUGGAGGUGCACUACACGGCGGGCAGGAACGGAUUCGUGCCUAUUGGCACCACCAUUCCCAAGGAGAUCACAGCUGUGGCCCAGGCUGCCGCCGAUCUGCCGAACAUCUCCGAAGAGGAAGAGCUCAGGCUGAAGCACCGCAGAGCUCGCUCCCAGGAGGUAGAGAAGCUGGAGACUGUGGUGGAGAAGGAUCAAGCGCCCGCAGAGUCCCAGAUUGUGCCAGUUGUUGUGGAGAAGGAAGCUGUGUCCCAGCUGAAGACUGUGGUGGAGAAGGAGGCUGUGGCUGAGAAGAAGGAUCAAGUGCCCGCCGAGUCCCAGAUUGUGCCCGUCGUCGUGGCUGUGGAGGAGGCUGUGUCGCAGCCAAAGACUGUUUCUGAGAAGAAGGAUCAAGUGCCCGCCGAGUCCCAGAUUGUGCCCGUGCAGGUCGUUCUCGAGUCGAAGCCAGCGGCAGAGCCAAAGAAGGCUGAGACCACGACUGCCUAAGACCUCGCAGAGGAUUAGCUCUCCCCUAGAUUCUACUUACUUUAAGUAUUGUUACCACUUAGCCAUGAAAUCUGUGCACUCUAAUUUAAUUGUCUAGCAAUAAAUGAAU